AUGCCCAGCACACUUAUCCACCCUCCGGCCCAACGCGCGGGGCCGGCUAAAGAUUUGGCAGAUGUGUUACCAUCAACACUUCAGACGCCAUCCGGCCUAGCAUUGAUCGAACUUCAAGGCAAAAUCCUCGUCGACGAUGCUGACGGUCUCGACGAAGAUCUUCAGUCGGCCCUCACGGUCGGCCGGCUCAUCUUUCCGGCUGCAAACGACAUCACAGACUCCCACUCCUUGGCCGAAUGGGACGGCCGCCGCGUCUUCCUCUUCGUCGGCAAACACCAACGUCUCGCCGGAGAAGUAAAGAAACUAGCCAAACCCAUCGCUGUGAUGCGGCGGCGCGGCAGCAUCGUGACUGGUCCUACUUCUAACGAUCACGAAAUGGGAGGGACGGCGCAGAAUCCGACAUCAUCGCAGGACUUGGAGAUUGUAGAGAUCAUCACGCAGAAGAUCUUGUUCGCAAAUCGACCCGAGCCGAUCGGCGUGGAGCAGGAACAAGACGAGACGGUUCCUGCCAGCGCGUGA